CAGGUUGCCUCUGAAGGUGGCAGAAUAAUUUUAAAACCCAAAUAAAAAUAGAAAAACACAAAACCAUCAGAAAAAAAAUCAUUCAGGCUGACUCUUAAGUGAUUAGCUUUGAAAGCAACUGUCUUUGAAGUAUGACUAUGACUACUUAAGAUUGGUUAACUAUGGCAGUCUCAGACCAAGACUUAAAGCAUUUUGGAGUAGCGGCUGAAGAAAUAUGGAAAGCACGAGUUGUAAAAGAAAAGCUUAUAGCCUCGCAAUGGCCUGUAAAAUGGAGCUGGAUGGUGGAUGAAUAUAAUGUGAUGGCUAAGCAGUUGGAUGAACUGAAAAAUUUACGUCCUGUGAUAGGCAGGCCAAAACCAGUAGAGAUACGUUCCUGUAAGCCCAUGCCCGACACUUCAUCAAGAGUGAUUGGAUGGCUGACAAACCGACCAGAAUUUCGGCUCGAACUAUAUGGACCCUAUGUGAAGAAGUAUCCAAUAUUUCCACCACCUAUUGACUGAAGGUUUCCAAUCCAUAAUGAAAGAUUGAAAAGUAUUUUCUACAGCAUU